AUGUUUGGAAAGGAAGGAGUAUCCCCUAUGGAUUUCCAACAACGUUCAGAACAAGAUAUUGAAAAAGAUGCUGCAAGGGAUUUUGCUAAGAAGACCUACGAACUUCCACCGACGAAGUUUGAACCAUUGUAUGUUGAAGAAAAACAAAUGGAAACUCCUGAAAUUGAAACACCAGCAACCCUUGUCCAAACGGAAGCCUGUGAGCCUCACGAAGCCCCACCAAUCAGGAUUACAAAAGACAUGGUGGAAUUAGAACAUGAUAUGCACGAGAACACUAAAUCAGCCAUAGACAAUUAUAAAAAGGCAACCAAGUUCUGCGCUGAAUAUAAUAAGGCACUUUAUAGGAUAAUAGAAGCGCCGCUAGAAGAUUUAGACAAGAAGCAAUUCACAUCUCUUCAAGGUGCCGUUAACGAGCGCAACGCAACCGUUGCUAAGGCCAAGGAGACGUCUGCAAAGGCUAAAUGUGCUAUUGAGACCCUGGACCGUAUGAUAAAGGCUGGCGUACAAGCUCCGCCAGAGAGCAUCGCGGCCACUCAGAGGUACAUCAAGCAGUUCAGAGCAGACCUGUCUCAGGCUGAAAACGAAUACAAGGAGUGCCUGGAGCAGGCAGUACUGUCGGAUAAAUAUUGGAAUAAGGUGGAAGCUGCCCGUAAAGCAUACAAAGAUGAAUUGCAAAUGUUAUUCCCGGGAGUCAACCUCGCUGCCCGCAAACUAGAACUUAAGGGCGAUACAGAUCUACUCCUGCUAUACACAUUGAAACAGGUACAAUAUCUACAAAACGAAAUAGCGGAACUACAAACUACCAGAGAUUUGAAAAUCAAGAGGGCGAUUGAGUGUCACGACGAACAAGCCAUCAUAGAAGCGAAAGUAGAAGAUAUGAUAAAGAGAGAGAGACAGGAGAAAGAAAAAGAGUUCCAAAAAAAGAGCUUAGCUGUUCAGGCGGAAGCGAACAGAAAACUAAAGGAGCAACUUAAGAAACAGUUUGAAAUUCAACAAGAAGUGUUGCAAGAUCAGCUUUCUAGAAAAGAAAAAGAGGUUUUGGGUAAAUUCAGCCGUUCAGUAUCGGAACAAGUCGAGAAAGAGCGCGUUGUGUUCAAACGUGAGCUCGCUACGAUGGCUGGGAAACUAAUGGCCAUUGAACAGACUCUAAAACAGCGAGCCAAAGCGGAAACGGAAGCCCGUCGCUCCCAGUCCUUGUGGGCGGCAGCGGAAGCCUUACACGCCGCCACCCGUCGCACUACCCAACACGCAUUGCUAACGCACGAGAUCACAGCUUUAGAGAAGGCCGGUAAAGACGACAAACUGGUGCAAACAGUGCUUCAAGGAAUUCCCAAGGAAGUCAGAGAGAAGGGAAUUGUCACUGAGAAAGCGCUACGGGAUAAAUUCGAUACGCUAGAGAAGUCAGCUGUGAAAGUGGCGCUAGUGGGACGGGAAGGAGCAGGGUUGCCAGUUUACUUCCUGUCAUGGUUGCAGUCCAAAUUACUUUUCCAAAAGUUUGCCGAAAUCCCAAAAGAUGAGUUGGACAACCUUCCAACAGACUUCACUAAAUUGGACACAUUUGAUAUAAUACAAAGAGCCAGAUAUUACAUGGACCACGGCGAUCUUUCCUCAGCCCUACGUUAUAUAAAUCUUUUACAAGGCGCUCCAAGGGCAGUAGCCAAGCCUUGGUUGGACUCAGCUCGCAGACAUCUUGAAAUACGACAAGCGGCGGAAGCUGUAAUGGCGCAUGCCUCUGUUUCUGGUCUAUUAUAUUUGUAG